AUUCACCCAGGGGAGAGCCCAGUGCCAGGUGCUGUUGGGUGGUGUUGUCUUUCCCUGGCGCUGCAGCCCCUCCAGAACAGAGCGACUGCCUGCUCAAGGGAAGCCCACAGGGCUGGGAGUUUCCCAGGGCCCAGGCCAUGUUGCAGGUAGAGGUUUGGCUCAGAGAGAUCAGGGAGUACUGCUGGAGUUGCGUGUUCUGCCCUUCGUAUCCUGCUCCCUGUACUUGCUAAGGCGUGUUCGUGUUGGGUUGCUGCUAGGGUCAGUGGUGACUCCCACUGUUUUUGAUAUGGGACCAGAUCUAUAGAGCUCUUGUCAAAGAGCAAGUGCCAGUGCUGGUGGGUCCCUGCGUGACUGGAACCAUUGUGCUUACCUGGUGCUGCCUGGCCUCAGGCCCUGGCUGCCGCAGCGAGGGGUGGGUGCCACCCAGGUGGAGCGUCCUGCCUACAGCUGCAGGGCAAUCAGGACUGCUGGGUCCGCUCUCUGCCUUUGCCUCUGCCGUUAGUUGACUGUGAGUUGUUUCUCUUCCCAAGCUGUAGUUUCCCUGCUCUGGAGCAGGCUCUGGAGCAGGAGCCAUGGUCACUGUUUGAGGGCUGUUCUGAGCUACAACCUGAGGGCAGGUGCAGAGACCACUAGAUAUGAGCUAUACGGUACAGCUUUCGCUGUGUAGCCAUUUCACAUGACAGCAUGGUGGAGGAAUGUGGUUGGAGGCUGUGUCCUCUGCAUGCACGUUUCAUCCAUGCUGGAGCCCUUUCCUGUGGUGUCCAGUUCUUCUAGGUGUUGUUUCCCUGUCAGGCAGCAGGGAGCUAACGGAGCGUAAGGGCUCGGAGCGUAAGGGCUCGGCUCGGAGGUGUGCUCAGGUGCCUGGCGCUGCCUGCACUGGAAUGUGCUCCGACCGGUCUGUGCACAGCACUCCCGAGAGAGCCCGUGGUUCCAGCAAGGUUUGUUCCUGGCUCGUGGCCCCCUCUGCCUGGGUUCUGCCCCCACCUCGUGGAUGGGCUCUUUGCUGCCCAACCACUGCUCACUCCUCUGAUGCGCAGCCCUGCCUGACUGUGGACGUGGCUCUUGGCUCUGUUUUCCUAGGCUCUGGGCCAGCAGCUGCUGUGCUGUGAGGUCCUGGUUGCCCUGGGGCAGCCAGACUCUGCCUCCCAAGCCCGGGGACAGGACUGGCUGCAAAAGAGUGGUGAGGGGAAGGGAAAGCACUGUCCUGUUUCUGAAAUGUGAGAGUCGUGGACUGAUGGAAGGGCAGAGGAAAUGCUCCAAAACCCAAUACACAAUGGGCUGGUGGAAUUGAAUGCUACUGCUCCCGGAUGCUGAGCGGGAUCUGGGACUGUCUUCUGCAAGGCACACAGCCUUCUUCGGGAGCUUUUCUAGGAGCAGAGGAACUGCUGGCAGGGCCAGGGUGGCAUGUUUGGAGGGGCCGCUGUCUUGGAGGAGCGCCUGCGCUCAGAUAGGCACUAGCUGCUGUGGUGGGACCUGGGUGGACCCUGGGGACUGCUCAGUGUGCGCAGUUUCUAGUCCUGCUGUGAGUGUAACAGGGAACUGCUGCCUGGUGUCUGCUAGCUGCUGUUCAGUGCCGUGCAGCUCGGCCUUGUCUUUUGCCCUGCUGGAUCCUGGGCUGAGAAGCCCCAGUGUUUUCCUAUGUUGAAACCCCAGGACCCCUGUCCACCUGAGGGGUGGUGGCCAUCUCUGCCUGUUCCCGGGGUUCCUCCAGCUGCCAGCAGAGCAUCUGUGUCCUUGCAGGCCCUGACGAUGUCGGACGGGAUCAUGAGCAAGGCUGCCACCAUGGAGAUCCCCAUCAGCAGCAACGGGGACACGGGCAGCCUGCCGGAGGAUGACGGCUUGGAGCAGGACUUGCAGCAGGUGAUGGUGUCAGGGCCCAACCUCAAUGAAACCAGCAUUGUGUCUGGCGGCUAUGGGGGCACUGCUGAAGGCAUCAUCCCCACCAGCGCCAUCAAAGGCUCUGGGCUGCACCAGCCCCAUCCCAGCCCAGCCGUGGGAGGAGAGGAAGUUGUCCGUGGUAUUGCUGUGGAGAAGUUCGACAUUGUCAAGAAAUGGGGCAUUAACACAUACAAGUGUACCAAACAGCUCAUCUCAGAGAGGUUUGGCCGGGGCUCCCGCACAGUGGACCUGGAGCUGGAGACGCAAAUCGAGCUGCUCCGGGAGACAAAGCGCAAGUAUGAGUGUGUGCUGCAGCUUGCGCGGGCUCUCACCAACCACUUCUACAGCCUGGUGCAGACACAGCAUGCCCUGGGGGAUGCCUUUGCGGACCUCAGCCAGAAGUCUCCUGAGCUGCAGGAGGAGUUUGGUUACAAUGCAGAAACGCAGAAACUGCUCUGCAAGAAUGGAGAAACACUACUGGGGGCAGUCAACUUCUUUGUCUCCAGCAUCAACACACUGGUGAACAAGACCAUGGAGGACACGCUCAUGACAGUCAAACAGUACGAGACAGCCAGGCUGGAGUAUGACGCGUACCGCACGGACCUGGAGGAGCUGAGCAUGGGCCCACGGGACGCCAGCACCCUGUGCCGGCUGGAUGCAGCCCAGAGCCAGUUCCAGAGCCACAAGGACAAGUAUGAAAAGCUGCGUGCUGAUGUGGCCAUCAAGCUGAAGUUCCUGGAGGAGAACAAGAUCAAGGUGAUGCACAAGCAGCUGCUGCUCUUUCACAACGCCAUCUCUGCCUACUUUGCUGGGAACCAGCAGCAGUUGGAGCAGACCCUCAAGCAGUUCAACAUCAAGCUGAAGACCCCAGGUGCUGAGAAGCCCUCCUGGCUGGAGGAGCAGUGAGCCACCCCAGCCUGCCCCACCUUGUGCUCUGGACGGGGAAACCAUGGACCUGAAUUCUGACCUCUGACCGUUGGCGCAGGGCCAGACCGCGUACAUGAGUGGUGAGCGGGGGACGCGGCCUCGGCCCUGCUGCAGCCCAGGAACCCACCUACAGGGCAAGGGGGGCCCUGGUUUGGGGGGAAAUGGGAGGCUCUGAGCAGGUUCCUGGUGCUGCCUGGGGAGAGGAGCCUGGAAAGGCUGGGGUUCCCCCAUCCUGCAUCUCCUCUUUGGGGCAGAGUCCAACCCUGCCUAUUUGCCCUCCCUUAGUACAGACCCCUCAGCGACACAGCCAGGAGCCCUCCCUAUCUCCCCGGUACCUGAAGAGGUAGCAGACACCCUCCCUCUCUGGGGUGGGACACUCCAGACCCUGCCACACGCCUCUAGGGGAUGGGGUGGGAUGCUCCGCAGCUCUCCCACCUCACCUCCCCUUUGGGGAAGAUGGGGUUUGAUCCACAUGUCCAUGCCUGCUUCCCUUGCUGGGCUCUUUCCUGCUAGCCCAUGAUCUGACUCAGUGGGGGACUGAGCCAGGCCAGGAAAACCCCUGCCCUGUGGCAAAAAUGUUUAUUUUCAAAUGAAGACGAGGCUACAGAGGGAUGGCAUCAGGACUCCUGGGUCCCGUCCCUGUUCCCCUGAGAGGGGGAUGAGUUGUGGGUUCCAGCCUCGCUGUAGCUGGCAGCCAGGACUCCUGAGUUCCCUCCCCAGCUUUGGGUUUUCUCCAUUUCCCUCCCUAGCUGAUCUCUGGUGUUUCACAGGCAGCUGCAAUUCAGCUGCUCUUGCACUCCGUCUGCCAACUAAGCUGGGGUGGUGGCUCCCCGCUCCAGCCUCACACUACACUCCCUUUGUGUGCGCAAGGCGAGGUGUGCCUGGCUGUCUCCCAGGCCCCAGUAUUUCCAUUUGCACUUCCCAUGUCCUCUGGCCAGGGCAGUGCUCACCAGGUAUGUGGGUGUCACUCGAGGCAGUGGCAAGUCUGCAGGGCUGGUCACUAGUUUACCGGAGAGGGGGCUCGGCACACUGCUGCUAGCGAGGUGUGGGGGGCUCAUGGCUCGCUCUGGCCAGGAUGUGGAUCCUCCUUUCACCACCCCGACUGCUUGGGCCCUGAACGGUGGCCCUGCUUUUACCCAGCACCUGCAGGGACUCGACCCCUGGCAUAGGAGCUGUGGGGACUCAAACCAAGGACCAAAUGGUGGCUGUGUCCUGGGGCAGGUG